CCAAAGCAGGAGGAGGGCGGCUGCGGCUCGCGACACCUCGUGCUCGACGCCCUCGUCGGUACGAUCCUGUCGCAGAACACGACGGACGUCCAGUCGCACCGCAGCUUCGCCGCCCUCAAGCAGGCCUUCCCGACGUGGGAGAUGGUUCGCACGUCCCCGCCGGCGGCCAUCGAGGCGGUGAUCAAGAGCUGCGGCCUCGCCGAGACAAAGACUGCGCGGGUGCAGGCCAUCCUCCAGCUCCUGCAUGACGAGCGAGGGGAGUGCUCGCUCGAGCACCUGCGCGAGGCGUCCGACGAGGCGGUGAAGCGCGUGCUCGGCUCGUACAAGGGCGUCGGCGCGAAGACCAUCUCCUGCGUCCUCAUGUUUUGCCUGAAGCGGUUCGACUUCCCCGUCGACACCCACGUGUGGAAGAUCGCGCUCGCGCUGAACUGGGUGCCAAAGGCCGCGACGCGCGAUCAGACGUACGAGCACCUCAACGCGAAGGUGCCGGACGAGAUCAAGUACGCGCUGCACGUGCUCCUGGUGAAGCACGGAAAG